GAUAACACAGCAGCAUUAUCAAGCCUUUGCAGAGAAAACAUUACCUUUCUCCUUUACCUAUAUCAUUGGUAGAGUAAUUGGAGAUGGGCACUGAGACUAAAGCAGGCAAUGUCAACAUCUCACCCAGACCAGGUAUUGUUGUUACAUUAAAAGCGUCAGAGUGAAAGGGGUUAACUGGAGCUGUUUGUUCUGUGACUCAAAUUGCGUGUCUCCAUGGAUACUGACUGUGUCACUGGAGGUUUCCCUCUUCAAUUAAAAAGGGGUUUCUUCCAAUCCGUUAACCCAUAGUAUCAGUGGCGGUGUCAUCCUCAGCACGAUUGGGAUCAACAGCUCCAGAGAGAGGGAGAAAUCAGACUCUGUGAACAGCAGAAGGGGUGUUCCAAUUAUGGAUCAGAAUGUGAGAACAAUGGACUGGAAUGUUCCAAUAACGGAUCAGAAUCUCAGAACCAUAGAUAGGAAUGUUACAACAAUAUACCAGAAUCUGGGAGGAAUAGAUUUCUAUGAUCCAACAAUGGGAAGGGAUUUGUCCUAUGCCCUUUACUGGCUUUCGAUUGAUCAGAUACCGUUAACAUGGAGAAUAGAAGCUGUACUGAUGAUUAUUCAAGUGGGUUACUAUCCCAUCCUUGCUAUUGUUGGUGUUCCUGUUAACAUAGUUACGAUCCAUGUCCUGUUUUACAAAGAUUGUGGAUUGUCUCCAUGUGUCAGACGUUACCUGGGGGCCAUGGCAGUGGCGGAUCAACUGGUCAUGAUCCUCGACCUGAUAUUGAGACACAUUCCCAUUGUUUAUCAGGAACAGUUUUAUUUCCUGGUCCCCAUCCCCGUGUGUAAUAUCCACGCCGUCCUGCUUUAUGCAGCCACUGACUGUUCUGUCUGGUUCACCGUCACUUUCACCUUUGAUCGAUUUGUGGCCAUUUGUUGCCAGAAGCUGAAAAGUAAAUAUUGCAGUGAGAAAACGGCGGCUGUGGUUCUGGGAACAGUGACUGUGCUGAGCUGUUUAAAGAACAUUUUCUGGUAUUUUAUGCUCACAGCUCACUAUCGGCUGGGGAACACUCCCUGGUUUUGUGAUGGAUCAAUCGGUGUUUCUGACUCUCAUGUCUGGGCCACAAUUGAGUUCCUCCACCACAUUCUAACUCCGGCUCUCCCAUUUCUCCUGAUUCUGCUGCUCAAUGUUUUCACCGUCAGACACAUUUUAGUGACCAGCAGAGCCCGCAGGAGACUCCGGGCUCACACCAAUGGGAACGGUCAGUGUGACACAGAAAUGAGAAAUCGAAAAAAAUCCAUCAUUUUACUGUAUGUGAUCUCAGCCAAUUUCAGCCUGUUAUGGUCAACGUUAAUGGUGUAUUCUAUAUGGAACCGGCUUUUUAAUUUGGGGUAUGAUUCUGUGUAUUUAUAUCAGUUUGUGCAGGAACUGGGCUUCAUGCUGCAGCUCCUCAGUUGCUGCACAAACACCGCGAUUUAUGCCAUGACCCAGACUAAGUUCAGGCAGCAGCUGAAGAAUGUGCUGAAAUAUCCCUUUACCCAAAUUCAUCAAUCAAUCAAAUUCGCUCAUUAAUCAAUCUAUCCAGGAUUUUCUCAUUUCAGUUCAAUGUUUUAGCAAUGAAGCAGCCUGUCGCUAUGGUAACAGACUGAGGGUAGUGCUGGUUCAUCCAACCUUAUCCCACAGGGGGUUACAGGGAAACAUGUCAAUGUUUCUCUCAACUCACAGGCCAAAGAGAAAAGGCACCAUUCCACUGACUGCAU